CCCCCCCCGCCCCCGGCCCAAAUGCUGGCGACCGCCUGCGGCGCGCCGCCGUGCCCGUGCGCUCGGUCCCGUCUGCUCCCCUCGGCGAGCUUACGAAUAUGCUAUGGCAGUGGGCGCGUCCGCAGCACGAGGCGGAGAGCGCCGAGGAGAGCAGCUGUGGUGCGGUGCGGGCUGCUGCCCGUGGACCCGUGGGCGCCGACCAUGGACUCCCAGAGCGUGGCGUCGCAGCUCUUCGCCGUGUCGCUCUUCCCCUACCUGGGCUUCCUCUACUUCAUGACCAGGUCCAAGACCGCGCCCGGGCUCACGCUCUUCGGAUUCUACUUCCUCCUCGCCUUCGUCGGCGCCACCACAAAAGUUCAUUAUGGAACCUCUCUGUCUAAUGUCGACUGGCUGCAUGGGAGUGCAGAAUCGCUGCUUACUCUUACCAAUCUAUUCAUUGUUUUGGGGCUGAGAGGAGCGUUGAGGAAGCUGGAGGAAGAGGAUACGAAGGAGAGUAUUUCUGAAUCUUCUCAAGACAGUAAAGAAAAAAGCUCUGUCUAGACAAUUCUGUCAGUAUCCUGAAGGUGCAUCUAGUGAUGUAGGAGCGCAUAAAUUUCAUCUGCUCAACUAGCCAAUAAGGUUUAUGUACAGAAACCCUCGCAGAUUUUCUUUGUGCAUAUGCUGAUCCAGAACAUUGGAGCUACUGCAAUUUUUGAGUAGUUGCUGUUUCCACUGUGUAAUGAGCUAUGGUACUGCAAUUUCCA